AUGGCAUCCACAGGCCUUCCCUCCUCUCUGGGAGAUCGAUCAAGCGGUUCGGUCUCGCCUACUCAGACUGUCGACGUCGAAAAGAACGGCGCUUCUCACGAUGAGCCUGUCAAGGUCUCCCAGACACAACCCGCGACGCAGACCGAGUUCGGCGAGAAACGCGAGCAGUACCGCAGCGAGGAGGAUUACAUGUACGAGCAGCAGAAGCGUUCCGAAGGUGACCACAAGUUCCAUCGUCUCGGCUGGAAGAAGCUCACCGUCUGCCUCAUCGUCGAAGCCAUUGCUCUCGGUGCUCUAUCCAUCCCCUCUGCGUUCGCCACACUUGGAAUGGUGGCUGGUGUGAUUGUCUGCAUCGGCAUUGGUCUCAUUGCCAUCUAUACGAGUUACAUCGUCGGUCAAGUCAAGGUCAAAUUCCCUCAAGUCUCGCAUUAUGCCGACGCUGGUCAGCUCAUGAUGGGUCGCUUUGGCUACGAGCUCGUCGGUGCCAUGUUUGCUCUUCAGUUGACGCUACUGGUUGGCUCUCACUGUCUCACCGGUACCAUCGCAUUCCUCAACUUGAGCAACAACGCCAUCUGCUCGCUCGCCUUUGGCGUCAUUUCGGCCAUCAUCCUCUUCAUCGUUGCCGUUCCUCCCUCGUUCUCCGAGGUGGCCAUUCUGGGUUACAUUGACUUCGCAUCGAUUAUCAUCGCCAUUGGUGUUGUCAUCAUUGGUACAGGUAUCAGAAAAAGCCAGCCCGAGCACGCACUUACGCUGACAGAAUGGUCGGCAUGGCCAAAGGAAGGCACCACCUUUGCUGAUGCUUGGGUAGCUCUCACAAACAUUGUCUUUGCCUACUCGUUUGCCGUCUGCCAAUUCUCCUUCAUGGACGAGAUGCACACGCCCACCGACUAUGUCAAGAGUAUCUGGGCGCUCGGCAUCAUUGAGAUUGUCAUCUACACCGUCACUGGUGCCCUCAUCUACGCCUUUGUUGGCACAGAGGUCAAGUCUCCAGCGCUGCUCUCUGCAGGCACCACGCUCUCCAAGGUCGCAUUUGGCAUCGCUCUGCCUGUCAUUUUUAUCUCGGGCUCCAUCAACACCACAGUGGUUGCGAGAUAUGUUCACGGUCGUAUGUUUAAGAACUCGGUCAUCCGAUACAUCAACACCAAGAUGGGCUGGUUGACAUGGCUCGGACUUGUCGCUCUCAUUACCGUCAUCGCCUGGGUGAUCGCAGAGGCAAUCCCCUUCUUUUCCGAUCUUCUCGGCAUCAUGUCGGCGCUGUUCAUCUCGGGCUUCACCUUCUACUUGCCAGCAUUGAUGUGGUUCUUGCUGAUCAAGGAAGGCAAGUGGAACGCGACUCGCUGGAACACGAUCCUUAGCGUUGUCAAUGCGAUCGUGUUCGUGUUGGGCCUGCUCAUCCUGGUCUGCGGAACUUACGCUUCGGUUCAGGAUAUCAUUGACCAGUACAACAAAGGCACAGUGCGAGGAUCAUUCACUUGCGGGCCCAUCGGAUAG